CCACCUCUGACAGCUUCUAGAAGAUAGUUUGUGUUUCUACACUUGUUGGGAUUUAUAUAUGCUCAUCCUCUACUUCUAUAUAACUAGAAAUGUCUCUAUUAAAGCCACCUGAUUUUGGACCAAGAGUAAAGAGGCUGGCGUAGUGAGACACAACUGAAUGUGUUAGCAUCAUAAUGUAGAGUGUAGAGCUAUUGUCUCUGCCAGCAGCAUUGGAUGAGGCUUUGGUUACCUUACACCAGUAGACUUUGCUUGUUUUUCACAUUCUGAGGCUGUGAGUGGGAAGUAUGGAUAUCUCCCGGGGCCAAUUCAGCACCUCUACCUGGCCAUCCUAACAAGGUGAUUUGUGAAAGGGUGAGACUUCAGAGCCUGUUCCCUCUCCUCCCAAGUGAUCAGAACACUACCGUUCAAGAGGAUGCUCACUUCAAAGCUUUCUUCCAGAGUGAAGAUAGUCCAAGUCCCAAGAGACAGCGCCUCUCUCAUUCAGUCUUUGAUUAUACAUCAGCAUCACCAGCUCCCUCACCACCAAUGCGACCAUGGGAGAUGACAUCAAAUAGGCAGCCCCCUUCAGUUCGACCAAGCCAACAUCACUUCUCAGGGGAACGAUGCAACACACCUGCACGCAACAGAAGAAGUCCUCCUGUCAGGCGCCAGAGAGGAAGAAGAGAUCGCCUAUCUCGACAUAAUUCCAUUAGUCAAGAUGAAAACUAUCACCAUCUCCCUUAUGCACAGCAGCAAGCAAUAGAGGAACCUCGAGCCUUCCACCCUCCGAAUGUAUCUCCCCGUCUGUUACAUCCUGCCGCUCAUCCACCCCAACAGAAUGCAGUAAUGGUUGAUAUACAUGAUCAGCUCCAUCAAGGAACCGUCCCUGUUUCCUAUACAGUAACAACAGUGGCACCACACGGAAUUCCCCUCUGCACAGGCCAGCACAUCCCUGCUUGCAGUACGCAACAGGUCCCAGGAUGCUCUGUGGUUUUCAGUGGACAGCACCUCCCUGUCUGUAGUGUGCCUCCUCCAAUGCUUCAGGCAUGUUCAGUUCAGCACUUACCAGUACCAUAUGCUGCGUUCCCACCCCUUAUUUCUAGUGAUCCAUUUCUUAUACAUCCUCCUCACCUUUCUCCCCAUCAUCCUCCUCAUUUGCCACCACCAGGCCAGUUUGUCCCCUUCCAGACACAGCAGUCACGAUCGCCUCUGCAGAGGAUAGAAAACGAAGUGGAACUCUUAGGAGAACAUCUUCCAGUUGGAGGUUUUACAUACCCUGCAUCAGCUCAUCCCCCAACCUUACCUCCAUCAGCUCCUUUGCAAUUCUUGACACAUGACCCUUUGCAUCAAGAGGUGUCCUUUGGAGUACCUUACCCUCCAUUUAUGCCUCGGAGGCUCACUGGACGCAGCAGAUAUCAUCGAUCCCAGCAGCCAAUACCACCACCCCCUUACCACCCCAGCUUGCUGCCAUACGUAUUAUCAAUGCUUCCAGUGCCACCUGCCGUGGGUCCAACUUUCAGCUUUGAAUUGGAUGUGGAAGAUGGAGAGGUAGAAAAUUACGAGGCCCUGUUAAAUCUGGCAGAGCGUCUGGGAGAGGCAAAGCCUCGAGGACUGACAAAAGCUGACAUUGAACAACUUCCUUCUUACAGGUUCAAUCCUAACAACCACCAGUCAGAACAGACCUUGUGUGUAGUGUGCAUGUGUGAUUUUGAGUCAAGGCAGCUACUUAGAGUCUUACCCUGUAACCACGAGUUCCAUGCCAAGUGUGUUGACAAAUGGCUUAAGGCAAACCGUACUUGCCCAAUUUGCCGAGCUGAUGCUUCAGAAGUGCAUCGGGAUUCAGAAUAACCAACCUAAGAGCACAAAUUGAGUUUGGGUGUUCCUCAUCACAUGUAUAUACGGACUAUCCAUUGAACUUACUCUGUGUGGCUUCCAGCCCUCCCUUUACCAAAAGGGUCAAUGGACCUUUCUUUGCACUGUGUGACUUAAUCAACUAUAAAAGCUUACAAUUAGUCUUCACAAUUAUGGGAUUGUUAUACUAACUGUGUGAUUGGAACUCCAAAGACUUUUUCUUUAGCUUAAUUUUGUGUGUGCACUAACAUUCCCUGGUUUUUGUGUGAUCGUUCGAGUGUUGCUGCAAGAUUACAGUGGACAUGAUCUUUUAGCAUGUGCUUUUAUAAAAAGUGGUAGCUCCAGAUGAUAUAGCAAUCUACCUUAUAUAGAGCCUUCAGAAACUGUGAGUGGAAAUGAAUGCAGUAUGACUGCUGGUGAUAAAUGUAUCUGUGUGCGUGAGAGAGUGUGUGCAACUACCUGUGUGAGGGCAUGGUAGCUAACGUGUGUAUGAGAUCCUAUAUACCAGCAUGUACCAAGAAUGUGUGUGUAGUUUUAAUUAUGCUGCAAUGUAUAAUCUGGUGUGUUAUUUAAACAGCACUAGUACUGUACACUGGUUUCUCCCUUGUGUUUGCUGUUGCACACUGAUUGCUAAGGGUGCAUCCAUUCUAAGCAUUGAGUCCUCCGUUCCCUUCCUUCUCAGUGAAUGGAAUGAGGGAAGCCUUCUUCCUUUGCUUCAGGCAGCUGUCACCUUCUCUUUGGUGGUCCUAGGUGGGUCACUUGAGGAAAAAAAAGUGUAACAGAUUCUCACUCCAUGAACCUAAUUUUUUCAUUCUGUUGUGAAAAAGAAAUUUUUAAGCCUGCAACUUGCUGUUUCCAAAAAGAAGGUGCAAUAUCAUACAUCAUCAGUUAGCAAUAUUAGCAUUUCAAUCAGUGAUUUGAAUGUUGAUGCUUUCUUGUUAUUCUUUUACAUUUCCAGUAAGCUUCUUACAGAAAGUACCUGCAGUUUUUUCUUUUUAAUGUUUAGAUUUGUAGUCUAUUCUGAAGAUAUUUGAGUAAUAUAUUUCUAAGAAUCCCACUGGUCUCAUGAAGUCUCUCCUUGACUUCCACCAGAACACAGUCUUACUGAGCGUGACUUCUGGUGCGUUCAACUCAUAGGCAGCCCAGUUUUAACUCUUCGUAUUCAUUCUCCUGUCAAGCUGCUGUUCUGAGCAUCGUGCAGUUGCUCUUCUCAUCAAAACCUCGUUUCACAGCGGGUCAAGCGCUGUGACAGCACCUGUUCCUUGCACCUGAGGCUUUGAAGUUUUACUUCUUUUCCUUUUUUGUUUGAAUGAGAAAAGUUUAAUGCAACAGGUGUUCAGAAUACUUGCAGUAUAAAUGAAGAUUUGAUUUUUGUUUUAAAAAAUAAUGCCGUCAAAACAGGAAUUGACCUUCAUUUAGCCAUUCGAAGUAUGACUAAUACAUAGCUGUAUGGGAUUUUUUUUAAAAUAGGUUCAUUGAGCAUAAUUCAGGUUGUUUAAGUCAUUUUUCCAAUAACAUUUCAAUUCCUUUCUUACUGUAAUGCAUCCAACACUGUCUGCCCCUCCCGCAGUUGAGCUCAUUGCUGUGUCGCAGGAGCACACGCUGCAGUUCCAGCGGAACUGCCGGGCUUCCGCUCACAGUGUUAGCUACUUGGUCCUGCCAUGCUGCGUGCCCCUCCCUUGAAGUCUUUUUAAGCUCAUCACAGCCUAGAGUUGAGCAGAGUCAAUUCACACAGAAGCACAAGUUCGCCCUUUUCCAGACACCGUUGCCUCUAUCUAGUCAUACAAAUAGGAUUUUUAAUGCUGUUUGCCCCUAGAUUUGUCACGGCACCUAAACAGCGGCAAUACACACCUGUUACUUUUGAGUCAUUAGGAUAAUCUCCCACCUGUUCCUGAUGAAUAGAAAACUGGUAAAGACCAAAAUUAUUGAUAUAAUAAUCAACUACAUACCAAUCACGUAUAGUUUAACCUUUAUUUUUUUUAAUUAAAAAAUCAUGUUUAAAAAGGCAAAAGCCCAACUUAUAUGUAGACUUUUAUAUAGUUGCAAAAAAUUUAUAUCUGUACAGAUCUAACAUAACACUACUACACUCAGUAUUCAUUUUAUUGAAGCAUGCAAAUAAAGCACUUUUUCUAAUUUAUAUAGAGAUACCUGAUUAACAAGGCACAUUGUACUAAUGACUAGGAAAGUAGCUGUUCCUCCCCCCCUCGGACUAUGAUUCCUGUCACGUCCUUUUUGCAGUAAAUGUUCAAGAGGCAGUUGGCAGUUUAGGAGGCAGCAGGGUCUGUGUUGGUAGAAAUCCUGAGUUGAAUCUCUCGGGAUGUCUUUCCUUUGCAUGGGGCUCUUGGGGGUGCAGACUUUUCUGGCAGGCAGUUAGUGCAUUGUUGAACCAGCUCAGACCAGCCAGUGAGCAACUUUGUAGCUAACAAAAGAGAAACAACAGUUGCCCAGUUGUUGCCAUCUUGGGUGAUGCCCCAGAUAGCAGACAGGGUUGCCUUGGUCCUCUUUCCUCCUAAAACAAAUACUGAGGUCGCCAUCUUAACUCAGCUGUGGGUUUUUUUGGUUGGGAUGACUUUUUUUUUUUUUUU